AUGAGUCGGACAGGAUCUCGACGCCAAAGUGGACGCUGGACAAAUGCCGAAGAUGAGAUCCUAAUACGCAAAGUAAGGGCGCAGGAAGUGUUAGGACAGCCCAGAGACUGGAGUUCUAUCGCGGCCAUUAUUAGCGGUAGAUCGAACAAAGACUGUCGAAAACGCUGGGUGAGACUCAACGGCUGCAUAAAGAAGGGCGAAUGGAGCUCUAGUGAAGAUACACAGUUGCGCGAUGCUUUCGAGCAAUUUGGCUCUCGAUGGGUUCAAGUGUCAAGAUAUCUUAAGACGCGUUCUGCGGAUCAAUGUGCCGCGAGGUGGCAGAACUACUUGGACCCCAACAUCAAACGACAGAAGUGGUCACAUGAUGAAGACCUGCGUCUCCUACAAGCUUAUAGUGUACAUGGAAGCAAUUGGAAGAUGAUACAAAUGCAUGAGCUCAUGGAUCGAUCUCUGCAAGACAUUCGCAAUCGAUAUAAGUCUCUCUUCCGGCUCGGCAGCCGUAGCAACGCGCCUUCGUUCAUUCCUUUGACCGCCAACCUAGGUAUUAUAAAUCGGAUACACGACCUGUCACCAAUGCCAUCGUACGACGUGUUUCCUCCGAACAGUCCACACUACACGCCUAACGAUACCACGAUGUUUUUGGCAGAAGUUCCAUCGGCUUCGACUGGUUGUACGACUCCUUCAGCUGACGAUAGCGCUUCUCUAAAUAACGAAAUAAUAUAUUACGAGGAUACACACGAGUUUAGUCGCUUUUGGUCACAUAUAGAUUCCACAACAGACUCUCAACCCUCUAUGCAAUGGAAUUACCAACAAAACAACGUCUCUCAGCUUAUAGCCCAGUCAACAGGUGGUAUAUAUAAUUGUAUUACCGAUUUUAUCGAAGUUGAUUUCAGCAAUUGUACAUAA